CUAUGAUAGGUCUGGAGCGGUGUCGCUUUUAUUAAGUGCUAAAGGAUUGGUAUUCUUUGUGGAAACGAUACUAAAUGAAGAUUUCUAUGUAGUGCUUUAAACUUCUCAGUGCAACCCACAAGUAAUCACCGUUGUUAAAAAUGGAUUUGUCACGGGAUCGCUCUCUACGGCGGUUUGAAACUGCACUAGAAAAUGAUUUAAACGUCAUUAAUGCCAAAGUAAAAAUAUUCACUAAAAAUCACAGAUUUUCGAAUCGUAGUUUAAGGAAGGAUCUAUUCAACAUGAUGCUUAGUAAAAGAAAAUGUGCAUUGAAUGAUCUAGAUGCCUGGGAAAACAAACGGCAGGCGAGAAUAUUGGAGCGAAAUGCAGCCAUAGUGAAGAGAGAGAAAAUUAUCUCCAUUCUGGAAGCUAUGACACCAGUCAAAAAUCUAGAGAAACAAUCAGAAACAGCAGACUUACCCGAAACUGUUACAUUACCGCCACUGACCACACGCAGCGAAGAUACCAAUAAUUCGUUGACACCAAGAGAAAGUAUUGUGCUUCCUGCCAUUACUGUUACGGAACUUACCAAGUUUGUGGAACUUAAUCGUUGGGCAAAGGUGGGCUGUAAAAAAAUCAUUGAGUCUAAGACUGAAGAGACCCCUAUCCCAAACCAAGUUGAUAUUUCUCUUUCAACAUCGAUGGUUGGGGCCAAAUCAUCUCUAAAGAAGUUCAGCAAGUGGAAAGUAUUAUCUAAGAUAAUCCAGAAUGAUGAAUCCGAAGAUACACAGAUUUAUGAUGGCGUCGUUCUGAAACAAAAAAAUGAAAAUUCCGUUGAGGAAAAAGCACCAGUAACAGGUCGACGAGGUUCCAUGGCGACAUCAAACAGUUCAGAUGAUAAGAACGAACAGCAAGUUGUGAAUAAAUGGAGAAGACUAUCUAUUUUAUCCAAUGGAAGAAGAAACAGCAUCAGAAGGCGAUCUUCAGUAGGUCUCUCUGCCUCUCAAGCCGUGAAAGUGUUUUUAGAAGCAAUGAAUAAAAACAAAGCUAUUGAAGAAGAAAAGAGCUAUGACUUAUCAUAUCUCCGUAACUGUCGAUAUUUGAGACACUCUUUUGAAGAUGAAGAGUUAUAUGAGUAGAUCAAGUUGCCAAUGUUCUAUUACACUGUGAAAGCAUUAGACCUUCUUGUGAUUGUAACACAUUCAAUUCCUCCAUCCUUUUUCAUCGGUGUCGAGGAAAUUGUUUAGGUAGAGCUUAUAUUUUUUUGACAAUCCAAAAGUGAUAAAAUACAUCGAAGUGAACUUUUACUCUAUAAAUAUCCAGAUCACAUUAACCAAUCACCACGUAUAUUGUUUACUGCUUUACUAUACCCUUUAAAUAAAAUAAAUUGUUCAGUU